CACAGAAUCAACAGCCCAACAACGAACCAAGUGUGAUCUAGCCAGUCCCUGCUUCCUGCUGUGAGUAAUGGCGACCAUGUUGGCCUUGAGCCCCUUCACUGGUGCCGCUGUCGUCGGCCGCUCCGCCUCCUGGUCUCCGGCGGUGCCGCGCCGGCGUGCCCUCCUCGUCAGGGCCCAGACCGAGCCGGAUGCCGAGCCAACCAAGGAGACGACGACGAGCGCAUCGACAUCCUCCCCUAGCCCAACCCCAAGCCCGAGCACGACCCUGGUUGCGCCCAAGCCCAAGUCCAAGGCUGCUAACGCUAACCCCUCGGUCUGGGACGCGCUCGCGUUCAGCGGCCCGGCACCGGAGCGCAUCAACGGACGGCUCGCUAUGGUGGGCUUCGUGGCGGCGCUCUCUGUUGAGGCGGCGCGCGGCGGCGGGCUACUCGACCAGGCCGGCAGCGGCGCCGGGCUGGGAUGGUUCCUGACAACCGCGGCUGUGUUUUCCGUGGCGUCUCUGGUACCGCUGCUUCAGGGACAGAGUGUGGAGAGCAAGUCCAGCGGCGUAUGGACCGCCGACGCCGAGCUAUGGAACGGCCGCUUCGCCAUGCUCGGCCUCGUCGCACUGGCCGUCACCGAGUUCAUCACCGGCACGUCCUUCGUCAACGUCUGAAACUAGCUAGUGUAGCACUCCCGUACGUGCGUGUACAUAUUGUUGGUCAUGCUGAGGAACUAGUGGUACGGACUCUGUUAGAGUAUUCUGUAACGGAUUCUGUAAGCCUUAUAGGUUGUGUUUUUUGAUGCUGAUGUCUUGGAGCUUCGAGUUACUGCGCGAAUGAAUUAAGUUCAAACCA